AUGAAUGGAAUGAUUGACCAACUCAUUGGACAGUGUUUCGAAUGUCAGGUCGUCACAAAACGGCAUACAGAAGAACCCAUCAAACCGACUGUAAUCCCAAAGAAGCUGUGGGAAGAAAUCGCCAUCGACUUUGCUUCACCAUACCUCGAUGGCCAUUACAACCUAGUAGCAGUCGACAAGCGAACUCGCUACCCGGAAGUUAAGGUCACACCGUCAACAUCAUUUCCACCAACACAAGUGAGAUUAAAACGAAUGUUUGCCAACCACAGUGUCCCAGAAUGCGUGGAUUCCGACAAUGGCCCUCCUUUCAACAAUUUGCUAGAAAGGAAGGGUUUACCCACCAUCGCAUCACACUUCAGCACCCAAGGGCCAACGGGGAGGCAGAAAGAUUCAUGCAGACCCUCAACAAGACAGAACAUAUCGCCCAUUUACAAGGAAGGAACAAAUCAGAAAGAGAACUCUCACUACAAAACAUGCUAA